UUCCUGUUCAUUUUUAAUAACAGCGAUGGCGGCUGUUGCACGGUUCUUCAUUCGAGGUGCUAACUCGAAACUUCCCAUCUCCGGUAUCAGCUGUGGGACUCAAAGCUGUUUUGGAGCAACUUUACAGAAACUAUCUCCAAACUGCAGCUCUCGUUUAAAAACACAACGGAGACAUGCAGCUCACUUUACCUUCCAGCCUGACCCCGUACCGACACAGUAUGGUCCCACACAGAAGAUGAAUUUGUUCCAGUCAGUUACAAGUGCCUUGGACAACACCUUGGCUAGUGAUCCUACAGCAGUGAUCUUUGGGGAAGACGUUGCCUUCGGUGGAGUGUUCCGGUGCACGGUUGGCCUGAGGGACAAAUAUGGUAAGGACCGAGUGUUCAACACUCCUCUUUGUGAGCAGGGGAUUGUUGGAUUUGGUAUCGGUGCAGCUGUUGCUGGUGCCACGGCCAUUGCAGAGAUCCAGUUUGCCGACUACAUCUUUCCAGCAUUUGACCAGAUUGUGAAUGAAGCAGCCAAGUACCGCUACCGUUCUGGGAACUUGUUUGACUGUGGGAAUCUCACCAUUCGGGCUCCGUGGGGUUGCGUUGGCCAUGGGUCCCUUUACCACUCACAGAGUCCCGAAGCCUUCUUUGUCCACUGCCCUGGUAUCAAGAUUGUUGUACCUCGUGGUCCAGUUCAGGCCAAAGGGCUGCUCCUGUCUUGCAUUGCUGACAAGAACCCGUGUAUAUUCUUUGAGCCCAAGAUUCUUUACAGGGCAGCAGUGGAGCAGGUUCCAGUAGAGUCCUACACCAUCCCACUCUCACAGGCUGAGAUCCUACAAGAAGGAAGUGAUGUCACUCUCAUUGCCUGGGGAACGCAGAUCCAUGUAAUGAGCGAGGUGGCCAGCAUGGCCCAGGAGAAACUUGGCGUGUCCUGUGAGGUCAUCGACUUACGGACCAUCCUACCCUGGGAUAUUGAAACUGUGUGCAAGUCUGUGGUCAAAACUGGACGUCUGCUCAUCAGUCACGAGGCACCGGUGACCGGAGGCUUUGCUGCUGAAAUAAGUACCACUGUCCAGGAGGAGUGCUUUCUUAACCUGGAGGCUCCCAUCAGUCGGGUCUGUGGUUAUGACACCCCCUUCCCUCACAUCUUUGAGCCCUUCUACAUCCCUGACAAGUGGAAGUGCUUUGAUGCAAUAAAGAAGAUGAUCCACUUCUGAAAAUGCAAGCAGGGCCAACUGCGGGUCAACCUCAACUCCACACUCUCCCCACAUCUAUUCUUCAUUCAUCCAGCUAGUGGAGGGCUUCCAGAAAAAUGCUUUGUUGACCAUCCAGUCAGAAAGCAGUAUCCAGAUGGCAUCCAUGUCCCUCACUCUGAAAGACUGUUACCAUAUCUCCAGAUUGGAGAGCCGUGUUCUUCUGGAAGGGAGAGGUGAUCGACUUUUAUCAGUGGUGAAACGUAGCUUCAACUAUUCUUGUAAUUCACAGAAAGCAUUUCCCCCCUCAACAAAGCCUGUAUUUUUGUGAGACACUGUUUGGUUGAAUUUGUGACUUUCUCCCGGUUUGUGUUAACUUUGGUUAAAAGUGUUCAACCCUUAACAUAUUGUACUGUUAAAACCUGCAACAAUACAACAAAAAAUUGUUGAAAAUUUGUGUUUUGGUUUAUUUUUUAGUGUGUCCAAAUGUUUUAGGUUUUUAUUUUUUCAAGCAACCUAAAAAUAGCAUUUUUCAAGUGAUUACACGAGUGUCUUAACUUAGGUUAGUGUCAUAUCUGUAGCAAAGUCUACAUCCUUUGUUCAGAUGUAAGGAUUCAUGGAACAAAAUCAAUCAUCUGGCCUUUGUUAAGUCUUCCUGAUGAGUAAAUGCAAUCUCAGUUAAACAGUCUGACAUUAUUUAACAGAAACAAAUGUAACUUGCUGGAAAUGAUUUGCAGCAUUUAUAGCAGCUUGAAGUCUGAUCCUGUUGAUUGGAUACAACUAGUAACUGAUCAUCUUCACUGUGAAUCCCUCUAGAAAAAUGUCUUUUUUUCUCCAGUUUGCUGUCUGGAGUAUACAGAUGUAUGUUGACACAAUGCUUAGAAGGAAAAACAACAGCAUUGGUCUGAGCGAAGCAGGUGUUACUGCCCAUCAUUAUGGGAAGGGACGUUAUGAAGGUUCAGUUAGUACCACAUUCAAACCUUUGCAAUUUCCAUCAUCGGUUACCCAUGUUUUUGAGGUACAAAAACAUUACAGUAAAAAGAUAAUUCACAACCAGAAAACAUUCAAAUAAGUUGGCAAUCUCAUGCGGUGUGGGUCUCCCAGCAGGUUCGUUCUGAGGUCUGUCGGUGCAAUGUUUAAAGGAACCGUAAAAAUACCCAAGAACUGCAUCUUAGAUUCCUCAGGCUUUAGUUAGUGUGUUAAAUGGUCUAAUUCAGUUCAGUCCAGUUAGAGAAGUGCUGAAGACGUUUGGCAUGUUUGGAAGGGUUUCCAAGAGGAGACUUCUCAAAGAAGCAAACGUUGUUAUUGCCUAGGCUUACAAAGUUGCGUAUAAACAAACCAAUAGACCUCUGGAAGAAUGUCCUUACAGACGAGAUGGAGACAUACCUACCCAAAAUGCACUGCACAGUGUUUAGUAAAAAUGUAGCCUGUCAGAGCAACCACCUCAUACCAAGUGUUGUUUCUGGUGGUGCCUUUUCGUUGAUCUGACGAUUUGAGUUUGAUGUGCAGCCACAGAUCCUGGACAUCUUUCAGCCACAGAGUUGGCCACAAACUCCUCUGAUCUCUGUAUUUUGGGGUCAAUGAUGAGGCCAUGUGUCUGACAGCUGAAUAUUGGCUGAAAAUGGUUUCAAGAUGUCUGUCAUAUUUAUAUGAAAUGAUAAUUACUUCAAACUGUUGCUCCUGAACUUGGUUUUUUAAGUUCAGUUAUUUCAUACAAAAUUCUGGAUUUGAUUUUGUUAAACAAUUGAGCGAAGCGUAGUUAACUGUGGUUGUGUUGACCAAAUUUUAAGAUUUGAUGAACAGAAUAUUUUGAUUCUCAUUAAAAAUAAUAAAAGAAACAAUUUUAAAAAGUUUAUUUUUCUCUAACUGUGCUUUUAUUGUCAAAACCUGUCCUUUUCUUCAGGAAUGUUGUCAGAUAACUUGUUCAUCUCUUUUGUAGUCAUUGAAUCAAUCUGACUGACUGUUAACUGCACAUAUCUUUGAGAAUCCCUGAAAUAUGUAAGACUGCAACAAAAAAACUACAACAAAAUAAAUGUCCUGUCAGAAAUUCUA